AUGACUAGAGUUAUCUGUCACAUUUGUUCUAAAAUUAUAAGAAAGAACUGUCGUGCUGUCGAAUGCGAUUCAUGUUUACAGUGGUGUCACUUUAAAUGCUCAAAAUUGUUGCUUAAACAGUUUAAUCAUUUAUCGCUCACCAACGAUUUAUGGCUCUGUCAGCCCUGCUAUUCUGAAGUCUUUCCCUUUCACAAUUUAAACAACAAUGAUCUAUUGGAUCUAGUCUUUAAUUCCAAUACAUUGUGCCACUGCUCCCCAUUCAUUGAUCGCGUUCGCCUUGAAAAUCUUCCUCAUCUAGACAUAGUUUCUAGUUUGAAUUUUCCGAAUUUAAGUGACUUUGAUUUAGAUAUUAAUAUUCCUAGUCAGAUUAAUUCAAAAUACUACUCCCCCCAUGAAUUUCACUCGUCUUAUGAGCUUUCAAAUUUAUCAGACAAAUCGCUCUCACUUCUUCAUUGUAAUAUAAGAAGUAUUUCAAAAAACUUUGAUAAAUUACAAGAUAUGCUUUCUACUUUAAAUCAUCCUUUUAAGUUAAUUGCUCUAUCUGAAACCUGGCAUUCUGACUGUAGAGAGCAUAUUGCUAAUUGUUCUCUCCCAGGUUUUACUUAUAUAUCGAAACCGACUAAAUUUUCAGUUGGGGGAGUAGGUUUAUUUAUAGCUGAUUCUUUUAAUUUCAUUUUGAGGGAGGACUUAUCCAUUUCAAAUGAUCAACAAGAAUCUUUAUGGGUUGAAAUACAAAAUAAUAAGGGUAGCAAAAACAUAUUAUGUGGAGUUAUUUACCGCCAUCCAAAUAGUUCUCUUGACCCCUUUUUAGAACAUUCCUAUAAAACCAUGGACAAAAUCAGUAAGGAGGGAAAGCUCUGCCUUUUUUCAGGUGACAUAAAUUUGAAUUUAUUAAAUUCAGACUCCCACCAACAAACAGGCUCAUUUCACACCUUCAAAAAUUGUAUCUUCUAAUAAGGUUUUAACCAAUGUAAAUGAGAUAGCAAAUGAGUUCAAUUACUUCUUUGCUAAUGUUGGCAGAAAUAUCAGCAACAAUAUUCCAAAAGUAAACACUUUAUUUUCAGAAUUUCUUCCAACAGCUAAUUCUAACAGCUUUCUUCUAGCUCCCACAUCUACAGAGGAAAUUAGAAGUAUAAUCUUAGGAAUUAAAUCAGGUAAAGCUUGUGGUUCUUAUAGCAUUCCAAUUACAGUUCUUAAAAUACUAAGCUCUAUUAUUUCAAGGCCUCUGGAGAUAUUAUACAAUCUGUCCUUUUCUUCUGGCAUUGUACCUGAUGCCUUCAAAAUUGCACGUGUCAUACCUAUUUACAAAUCAGGCUCUCAUUUUGACACUUCUAAUUUUAGACCAAUAUCAUUAUUAUCUAUUUUUAAUCAGUUACUUGAAAGGUUAAUGUAUAACAGAGUGAUAAAAUUUCUAGACAAAUACGAUAUUUUGUACAAAAAUCAAUUUGGCUUUCGAGCCAAUCAUUCUACAGAACAUGCUCUUCUGCUUAUUACCGAUAAAAUCCAAAGAUCAAUUGAGGGUGGUCAAUACUCUUGUGGCAUAUUUCUUGAUUUUAGCAAAGCUUUUGAUACUGUUGAUCAUAAAAUAUUAUUAGCAAAACUUUAUUCAUACGGCAUCCGUGGCAUAGCUUAUGAAUGGUUUGUUUCCUACUUAUCAAACAGGCAACAGUUUGUUUCUAUUGGUAAUGUGUCAUCUGCACCACUACCAAUAACAUGUGGAGUGCCUCAAGGUUCAGUACUUGGUCCACUUCUCUUUCUUCUGUACAUUAAUGAUUUUAAUAACUGCUCCAACUUAUUUGACUUUCAUUUAUUUGCUGAUGAUGCCAAUUUAUUUUGUGCCGAUUCUUCAUUGACAUCCUUAGAGACCAAAGUAAACACAGAUCUGUAUAAUAUAAAUCGUUGGCUUUGUGCAAAUAAAUUGGCUUUGAACAUCAGUAAAACUAAUUUUGUCAUUUUUCGACCAGCACAAAAGAGGCUGGCUAGUUCUAUUUCUUUAUCAAUCAAUAAUAAUACCAUUAAACAAAAAAAUAAUAUCAAAUAUCUUGGUGUAGUUAUUGACUCCUUUCUUAACUGGAAGGAGCACAUUAACCAGUUAAGUAAG